AUGGACAAUCCAACAGUAAUCCGCCUAUAUUCACAAUUUUAUUGGAUAGAUGUACUGGCAAGCACAGUUUUCACCAUAACAUUUGGUAUAUUAUGGUACUUCGUGAUAGAUCAUACUCCAGUGAUUAUAGAAGAAUUUGCUCAGAGCGCAGCAAGUAUAGCAGAUUCUGACGAUAAGACAAGCGGAGAGAUAGAUGGAGACGAAGGUGGAAAUAACACACAGAGUUCGUCAGAUGAAUUGCCGGCAUGGAAGGCGGAAGCAACUAUUGCUAUAGUUUGGCUGGUUGUGUUAUGGCUUGUGCACAUUUACUUUGCAGUAGUAGUUCAGUCAUAUGCUCUGUAUAGCGGGAAGAAGUAUGCGAAUCUAUCCUCAUCUGAUCUCAAUAGCCCGCGUGAUUCGAUGUCUGGAGAUGCUUUGCUAAAGAAUCUGGGCCGGCGGGGAGCAUCAAAACGUGCGGACGUAGGGGACGAAGAAAUUGAACUUUAG